AAUUAGCAGGAAUGUGUUUAUUGAAUGUGUGGGUCUAUUUGUGCCCUAUGCUCUUUUUUCCCCCUUUCAAUUAGCCCUUUAUAAUCAGCAAGAGGAAGAAAUAGUUCAUGAUUUGAAAAAUAAUUUUGAAGAUUCAUCUCUCCUUAUUUCUCUCAACUUUCCAAUCACCAUUAUAGCAGGUUGGUUUAUUGGGAUUAACCCUUCCAAAUCGUGUUAGGGACCAAUUUCCCAUAUUGCAUUUGGGGCUUUCUCUAUCAGAACAGGUGCACAAUCUGCGAUCCUGGAAAAUAAGAGAAGCGGAGUGGUUUAACGGGGAUCACAGAUGAUAAGAUCGAUGACGCUGUGUCCUGAGCUGAGCGGAGUGUCUCCGGCUUCAGUUUCUGGCCUCACAGUUGUUUCACCAAAGCUGGACUUCAUUUAGGCACCAUGGACAGCAACAGUACGCCGUGGAGCUCCGGCUCUCAUCCUCCAUCCAUCCACCCCGAUGUGGUCACUUUGGCGACUGUGGCGCCCACCAUCUUCCCCCGGUUGGGCUACAGUAUACUUUCUUUCCUCAUGUUCAUCAACACAGUGUUAUCAGUUUUUAACAAUGGCCUCGCCAUAGCCGUGAUGCUGAAGAAUCAGUCUCUCCUCCAGCCUAUAAACGUUUUUAUUCUCAGCCUCGCUGUGUCCGACCUCAUGAUUGGCCUGUGCGGCUCCCUGGUCGUCACCAUCACCAACUACCAAGGCUCUUUCUUCAUUGGCCACGCAGCCUGCGUGUUUCAAGGGUUUGCAGUCAAUUAUUUUGGUCUGGUGUCUCUCUGCACUCUGACCCUGCUUGCCUACGAGCGGUACAACGUGGUGUGUAAGCCGAGAGCUGGUCUAAAGCUGAGCAUGCGGAGAAGCUUAAUCGGGCUGCUAUUCGUCUGGAUCUUCUGCUUGUUUUGGGCUGUGACUCCUUUAUUUGGCUGGAGCUCUUACGGACCUGAGGGAGUCCAGACCUCCUGCUCACUGGCCUGGGAGGAGAGAUCGUGGAGCAACUACAGCUAUCUCAUCCUUUACACACUCCUCUGCUUCAUUUUACCUGUUAUAGUCAUCAUCUACUGCUACUUCAAAGUGCUCAAAUCCAUGAAUAAGCUGAACAGGAGUGUGGAGCUCCAGGGUGGGCGUUCCAGCCAGAAGGAGAAUGAUCACGCCAUUAGUAUGGUCCUGGCCAUGAUCAUAACUUUUUUUAUUUGCUGGCUUCCCUACACAAUCUUGUCAGUAGUGGUAGUCGUGGAUCCAGAGAUCUACAUCCCUCCACUGCUUGCCACCAUGCCUAUGUACUUUGCUAAGACGAGUCCUGUCUAUAACCCCAUCAUCUACUUCCUUUCUAACAAGCAGUUCCGUGAUGCCACUCUGGAGGUGCUGUCCUGCGGCCACUACAUUCCCCAUGUGCCCACCAGCGUCAGCAUCAACAUGUGCUCCUUGAACAGGAGGAGCCGGCAGGCUUCCUUGGGCAAGAGCGUCAACUUGUACAGCAAGGUGUUGCCUCUGUGACUUUCUCCGGCAAAAAACAAGAAGCUGUAAUGGUUGUCACUGUUUAUUGGUGCCUAGUCAAGGACACAGACCUGCACAUAUACAGGUCCAUGUCCCUCAGAAAGGUCACUGUAGUCCGGUGAGAACAGACUCAGCUCGGAGACUGAUAGCUGAUAUUCAGAAGGUGAACAAAAUAAGUGGAAACAAACUAAGUUGUUUUGGCAUUUUAUUGAAUGGCAUUAUAGGCCAGGUGUUCCUGUAGUUAUUGUCCAUCUAAUUUUUCUUGAACGAUAAGAGUAUUCCGUAAAUGCUUUUAUUUGUGUGAUUUGUUUAGAUCAAUAAACUGUUACUUUUUUCAUA